CUGGCCGCGGCCGCGGCCGGAGAUCCCGGCUGGGGUCCAGUAUGUCUUCACUUCGGAAGCAGGUGUUUACUGAGAAAGUGCUGAAGAGACUCUUCCCUAAUGUUUCAAGUGGUCAAGAAAAGGGGACUCCCCAGACUCCAGCUUUGGAGACACCAUCCAAGGAUGUGACCCCUGAAGCAGGACAGCAGAAGCAUGUUCACAGUCUGACAGAUGGUGACAUUAAGAUCCAGCCUGAACGUCGACUCUACACUGUAAGUCUGCCUCCUCAAGGGUAUAUUCCUUGUUUGCCCGAACCGUCCAGCUGUGCGGAUUCCGAAAAUGCCCCCAGCGAUGGUGACACAGAAGAUCUGGAUCCUCCUGACCAACCAAAAAGACGAAGAAUUAGAAGACACAAAUCAAAAAGGAAUAUUAAAAAACCCGAUGAUGUCAUCGUGAGACAAACCAACCUAGAGACACAGCAAGAGAAAGCAGACGCCCCCACCAUGAGCAAAAAUAAAAGAAGGAAGCUGAAGGCGAAGCUGCGGCUUAGGAGGAGGCGAGAAGCCGGCUUAGCCUCCAAGGCCUCUGGGGUCAGCUUCACCUACCAGCCCGAGAGCAGCGAGGAGGCAGAGGUGGAUGAUGAUGUGGGAGGAGAGGAGGAAGAUGAUCCCGAGCGCUCGGUCACAGACACCACCCAGGAAGACACCGAACUCGCCCACAGCAGGGUGGAGGGCAUCCUGAGUUUCCUGAAGUCGACACAAGAAAUUUAUUUCUAUGAUGAUACUUCCAGAGACGAUCCGGCAGUGUGCACAGAAGCUGCCGAAGAGCUGCUCCACCUCCUUGAGUCUGGAUGCAUGCCUCCCACAGACGUGCUCAUCCUGGACCACAUGAAAACCCUGCUGCUUCUGCAGGACACGGAGAGGCUGAAGAGCGCCCUGAAGAUGUUCCCAGAGCACUGUGUGAUGCCCCCGGACCAUGCCAGAGUGAUCUCAGCUUUCUUUAAUUAUUGGAUCACGCAGAUUCUUCCUGACAAAAGCAGUGAAUAAAACCAGUAUCACUUAAGAAGAGCUGUCAUUUAGCACGAGGGCGUUAGACACGCAGAGGACGCGAUCUCAGACUUCAUGCUUGUACAGAAGGAGUUAUUUAUUAUUAUUAUUUUUGGUGAAUCAAACCCUGGAGACAUUGAAGACAUUUCUACCGUGUUAUUUAUUUCUAUGUUUCUAUAUCAUAGGUAAGGUAUCAUCUGAGACUUUAAGCGAGGAAUUGCGGCAAAAUGAAAGCAGUUUGUUUGUUUUCUGUUAUGUAUAUAUUGAAUUACUUCAUAAAACUAGAUUGUUUUCUGAUGCCUGUAACAAAAAUACAUAUUUUACUAAAUAAACUAUAGUUUGAAGUUA